AUGGAGGUUUGCAGUAAUAUUCCAGCCAUGAGGGAAGGAUCACAAGGGCAUAACUUUGAGCAUCCUCUAGAAUCAAUGGCCUUUGCGUUUUAUGGAGCUGAAAGUUACACAGCCCUUCAACAACAUGAGCAUGAAGGUCGCAAAAGUUCAUCAUCCAGGGCAGGUAUUUCAAGUAAAAAACGGAUCAGAUGGACCCAAGAUCUUCAUGAGAAGUUUGUCGGCUGUGUCAAUCUCCUUGGUGGUGCUGAAAAGGCAACUCCAAAGGCAAUUCUGAAGUUGAUGGACUCAAAUAUAUUGACCAUUUCUCAUGUGAAAAGUCAUUUGCAGAAAUAUCGAACCACACAAUACAUGCCAGAAUCUGCCUUCGAAAAAUCUGAGAGAGCUAGUGCAAAUGGCAUGCCUAAGCUUCACAUGAAUGUCAUUAAUAUGGAAAUCAACAAGGCACCCCAAUGGCAAGUUGAUGUUGAAAGGCUUCUUCAUGAACAGUUGGAGUUUCAGAGGAGUUUACUGUUGCUGAUUGAUGAACGAGGGAGGCAGCUGAAGACGAUGCUUGACCUACAGCAGAAGAAAAAUAAGGGCCUGUUCAAGUCUCAGAACCCCAACCUUCCUUCCCAAAGUACCACUUCUCUAAGAAGCGUGUGA